AUGACUUCAAUAGAUGACUUCAAAGGCCAUAUCUUUGAACUUUACAGCACACCUGGUCUUACCCUAACUGAUAUCAUUGCAAAGAUCGAAGGGGAACAUAAUGUAACGGCGACACGUGCAGUUUACAAAAACAGACUCAAAAAAUGGGGAUUCAAGCGGAAUACAAGUAGAAGUGAGCGACAUGAAUACUCCAGCAAGCCAUCAACUCAACCAUCAGCCCCAUCCAGUACGGCCAUCGUGCCACGGCAAAUAUCACCACCGCAAGUUUUCGAAUUAUCCGAGCGGCUAGGCUAUGAAGUUAGCAACUAUAUCAAAGGCUCAUUUGAGAGUAAAAGGUGGAAGGUCAAGGAUAACCAAAACAUCAUCAACAGUUCUCCAAAUCAAGACACCGAAGCUCAAAUCCUGACAACAUUUUUGACUGAUAUCGAGACUGGUUGUUCAAAUUUUGCUGUGGGAAAUGGAUACAAUGGUGGCUUAUAUUGGCGGAAGGCAUUCAAAAGCAUCGAAUAUCUAGUUAGAGGCGACUAUCAUGAUCACCUCCUCAACAUCGUAAUUACCAUCAACGAUUUAAAAGAGAAAGGAUACCCCGACGCUGCAGAACUUCUCAAAUCCUACGCUUCGCAGCUAGGUAGACAUAAACAACCAUCAGAAGGACAUAUCAGAGCUUUAAUCUACCGAGAGCUAGGCAACGCAAGUCUAGAUCAGAUGCCACAUCUUGAAGAAAUAAUUCUCGCUUGCUUUGUGGAACUAUUUGAGCAAUAUCUUGGAGAUUAUUGCUGUAAUAGUUUUGUAAUGCAUAUGAAUAUGGCGAGGAGAAGGUUGAGGCUUGGAGAUUGGGUGGAUUUGACGGACGUCCUACCGGCACUUUCGGUUCUUGAUCAUAAAUUUGGAGUGUCGGAUCGAAGGCCGCUGGAUGUUAUUAGAGUCCGGGUGGAGACGCUAUUUAAACGAAAGAAGUAUUUAGAGGUUAUAGAACACUCGAAUAGUUUUGUGGAAAGGGCAGAGUUAAUUGGGAUUCAAGAUGAUCCCUGGCAAAGGCAUUAUUUCUCGAUUAAAGGAUGUUAUUAUACGGGAAUGUCUCUAUUCUCGCUAGAGAAGUAUGAAGAAUCAUGUAUUACCCUAUCAAAGUGUUUUGAUUUGAUUGAAAUUUUUUAUACUAUACGGCAUAAUUUUGCGCUGUUUGAUUCGGAGAGAGUGGAAAUUGUUGAGAGGCUUUAUCAGCUAUCACAAUUGGGUUUUGGUGAUGCCGGGCGAUGGGGAGCUGAGAAGGAAAAGUCGCAAGAAGCGAUAUCAGGCAUCGAUAAUACGGUAGAGUUAUUGGAGGAACUACAAAUUGAACGGUCAGAAAACGACGUUGUACUUUAG